AUGUGCCCGGCGGCGGUGGGAGUAGGUCUGGCCGAGUCCGGGCUUCGCCUCCGUCGUGGCCGCUGCAGGUCGAAGGUUUCCGGGGUUCCACUGGCAGAGCCGGAGCUAGCUGCCGGGGAUGGCGGCCUUUGCUCUAAGCAGUCUUCGAAACCGAGACCAAAGCCCCCUGGGCGAGCAGUGGGGUGGGUCCUGCUGGCCGCAGUCACCAUGCUGGCCUUCGCCACUCGCUUCCACCGGUUGCACGAGCCGGCGCACGUCUGUUGGGAUGAAACUCACUUUGGAAAAAUGGGAAGCUACUAUAUCAAUCGGACUUUUUUCUUUGAUGUUCACCCACCUCUGGGGAAGAUGCUGAUAGGACUUGCUGGUUACCUGAGUGGUUAUGAUGGCACCUUUCCUUUCCAGAAGCCUGGGGACAGAUAUGAACAUCACAAUUAUAUUGGGAUGAGAGGGUUCUGUGCUUUCCUGGGCUCCUGGUUGAUCCCCUUCGCCUACCUCACUGUGCUAGAGCUGUCUCGGUCCCGGCCGGCGGCUUUGCUGGCUGCUGCCCUACUCACCUUUGACACUGGCUGCCUUACUUUGUCACAGUACAUACUUCUGGAUCCCAUCCUCAUGUUCUUCAUCAUGGCUGCAAUGCUGAGCAUGGUCAAGUAUAACUCCUGUGCAGAUAGGCCCUUCUCUGCCUAUUGGUGGUUCUGGCUCAGUCUGACAGGAAUCAGUCUUGCUGGUGCCCUAGGGGUCAAGUUUGUUGGCCUCUUUAUUGUCCUUCAUGUUGGAUUGAAUACAGUUUCAGACCUUUGGCAGCUUCUGGGAGACCUUAAUCUUACAAUGGUAACUCUGGGAAAACACUUGGCAGCUCGGAUUUUGUGCCUCAUUGUAUUUCCAUUUAUUCUCUAUACUACUCUAUUUGCAGUUCAUUUCAUCAUAUUGAAUAGAAGUGGCCCUGGUGAUGGCUUUUUCAGCUCUGCCUUCCAGUCUCGGCUUUUGGGGAACAACCUUCACAAUGCUUCCAUUCCAGAACACUUGGCAUAUGGAUCUGUGAUUACAGUGAAGAAUCUCCGAAUGGCCAGUGGCUACCUUCAUUCACAUUGGCACCUUUAUCCAGAAGGAGUCGGUGCACGCCAGCAACAGGUGACUGCUUAUCAGCACAAGGACUAUAAUAACCUGUGGAUUGUAAAGAAACACAAUGCUAACACAGAUCUUCUAGACCCUUCUUUCCCAGUAGAGUUUGUGAAACAUGGCGACAUCAUUCGGCUGGAACACAAAGAGACUUCUCGAAACCUACACAGUCAUCAGCACGAGGCCCCAAUGACACGGAAGCACUAUCAGGUCACCGGCUAUGGCGUAAAUGGGACAGGGGAUUCAAAUGAUUUCUGGAGGAUUGAGGUGAUGAAUAGGAAAUCUGAGAAUCGGAUCAAGGUCCUGAGGAGUCAAAUUAGACUCAUCCAUCUGGCCACAGGCUGUGUCUUGGGCUCCUCAGGGAAGACACUACCCAAAUGGGGCUGGGAGCAGCUGGAAGUGACCUGCACGCCAUACCUGAAGGAGACCCCAAAUUCUGUCUGGAAUGUAGAGGACCACAUCAAUCCAAAAUUGCCAAACAUCAGCUUGGAUGUCCUGAAGCCCAGUUUUACUGAGAUCCUACUGGAAUCCCACAUGGUUAUGAUCAGGGGAAAUAGUGGUCUCAAACCCAAGGAAAACGAAGUCACUUCCAAGCCUUGGCAUUGGCCCAUCAACUAUCAGGGCCUUCGUUUCUCUGGAGUCAAUGAGACUGACUUUCGAGUCUAUUUGCUUGGAAAUCCAGUUAUCUGGUGGUUGAAUCUGGUAAGCCUUGGCCUUUACCUUUUUCUGGGAAGCAUCUCUACUGUGUCUCUACAGAGGGGAAUUCAACUCACUGCAGAAAUGAAAGGUCUCUGCCAGGUGCUGCUGCAUGGAGGAGGGCAGGUCCUACUGGGUUGGCUGCUCCAUUAUUUGCCUUUCUUCCUGAUGGGCCGGGUGCUCUACUUCCAUCACUACUUUCCAGCCAUGCUUUUCUCCAGCAUGUUGACAGGGAUCCUAUGGGAUACAGUCCUCAGAUUCUGUGCCUGCUAUCUGCAAUCUUUUCCUCUGAUUAACUGGGUGCAUAUAUUUGGGAUCUCUCUCCUGAUCCUGGGAAUUGCCUAUAGCUUCUACCUCUUCCAUCCUCUGUCUUAUGGAAUGGUUGGUCCUCUGGCUCAGGACCCUCAAAGUCCAAUGGCAGGGUUAAAGUGGUUGGAAACAUGGGAAUUUUAGAGCCAGAGAAUACCAGCCCCAAAGGAUCCAGGGACUGCAUGCAGGGAUGAUCAACCAGAACCAGUUCUUCUAGGAUGGCAGCUAUGGAAACAGCUUCUUUAGAAGAUCCUAAGAAGACUCUUAUAUAUCCAGGAGGAACCCACCGGAGGAGAGAAACCCUUGGAAUAAUUUCAGCCGGAGGCCUUGUGAGUCAGAGGCUCCAUCUUCAACUCCAGUAGCUUUUGCCAUCAGCAGUUUUGAGAUGGGGAUAUUUAAGAUUUAUUUAAUUCUAAUAUAUUUAAGAUAUAUUAGAAAUCCUCUUAGCCCCAUUUGCCUGGAAUUUGUGCUAUAUGUGAACAUUCAAGGGGACAAAUAACGAGGGCAAAAGAAGAGGAGGGGUGGGUGCUUGUAUUCACAUAUAUGUGUGAGUGUGUGUGUAUAUCUAAGUAUAUUUUCAGGGGAGCAAAAGUGAUGCAUUUGUCUUUACACCUGUGAAACACAGCCCAAGUAAUUGGACAAUUGAAAGUUGUAAACGCUUAGGAACAAAAAUAGUUUAGUGUCAGUUGCCUAUUCUCAUUUUUUUUUUACACUGGAUUUUUAUUUGGUUUUAUUCUGUGUUGGGGGGAUAAGAUGAUUUGUGAGUAUGACCUGAGUCUGGGACUCAGGCAGUUCUUCAAAAGGUUGCUGACCAGAGAAAGAGUCUCUGUAAUUUAGCAUGUUUGCCCUGACUUUGGGCAUUGCCCAGACAGAAAAGAUGGGAAUUGUCUAAAUUGUGUUUUCCUUGUUUCCACAAACCAGAUAAGAGUCCAGGAGACAAGGGUAUUCUCCCUCCUAGUUGCUCUUCUAUCAGUCCUGACUGGAAUUGGACUGCCAUUUGGAAAGUCUUAUCAGUGGCAGCUGUGUUCUUGAUUUCUUGCCUGGUACUGUGACAUGAACCUAAUGGGCCCAGGGCAUUUGGGGGCCUGUGUGCUUGCUGUCUGCCAUUUUAGCCCCAAUCUCUGGCCCUUUGAGAGUAUCAAGCAUUGCCAGAUUGAUGAGAGACACCGAAUCCCAGCCUUGGCUGAAGACCACUUCCAUCUGUCCUCUCCUGUCCUUUCUCCACUACAGAAAGUCUGGCAAGUGGAAGACAUGGAUAGAAGUCGUACUCUUCUCACAGUCGAGAGGGAGGACUCUUAGUCCAUCUCCUUGUCAACUGUUAUAGACAAGGAAAGUGGGAGAGAGAGCUUUAUUUGAAAUUUGAACCAGAGAAAUACCUUGGACAUUCUCCAACCAAGUAUAUGGGGGAGUAAAUGGAGUGCUGGGUCCAUGUUCCCAUCACCUGCUGAUUUCUUGGCUUCUUCACACUAUUUUUCACAUAGCUUUCACUCAACCUGGAUGCCUUCAUCUUUCUGUCACUAUUUCAUCCGACUCUUCCUAUCCUCAAAGAGUACAGAAUAUUUCUAUCCAUCAUGAUCCAGAAGGCACUUUUCCCCCAGAGACCUGUUACAGUUUUCUUUGUCUCUGUCUUGAUGGCCCAAAGCAAGAAAUUUGGUCUACUCCUCUUUUUCUCUCUUCUCCCCACCUCCCAUUUCCCCCACAGUGAUAGGGAACAAGACAGCCCCUGGGCUAGUACCAAACCAAAUCAGUCCCUAGUAUCUCUGUCUGUCAGAUUCUGCACUUUCCAUGCAUUACUCAAUAUGCCUCCCUUCAAUCUUGGGCACAGUUUAAUGCCUCCAUGUUUAAACAUGAGCCUCUGCCACACUCCAUUGCCACCUCUCCUCCUCUCCCCAGGCAGCUCCACUGACUGAUGGGGUCAUGGGCUCUUCGGAACAUCAUUGGGAGGUGGUUGCCAUGGAGAUAGGGAAGAGGUCCUAGGGACUGGCUGUGCUGCCUAGGGGAGGGAGGGGGAGUGAGGUUGUGGGCCAUGCAGGGGCCUCUCGGUGGUUCAGACUGACUGUCAUUAAUGCUAAUAGAGGAAAUGUAGCAAUGUCAAAAUCGAGGCAGGUUGGCUAAUUAGAUCUGGUGCCUGAUAACCUCUCCCUCUGAGUGGCUUCGGCUCUCCAUACUUCCCCCAGCAGGAAGCGCUGCAUGCGUGCCCUGAGCCUGGGUUGCUUAGUUAAUUGCAUUUGUUGAAGGGAAAGAGAAUGAAGAUGGCAAAGCACCACCCCUUUCCCUUUCCCCCCAGCCUCAGGGAAGUCUGAUUUCUUAUGAGCCAAGUAUUGGUACCCACUGUGCCUCUUAUUUGGAAGCAAGAAGCAGUACGUGGGGAAUUAUCUAGCCCCUGGGUUCAUGGGAAAGGAUAUUGCCUGCUAUGGGGCCUAAUAAGAAAGCCUUCCCUGUCCUUCGUUAAAGCCCCCAUGACCAGAAACGCUUGGGGGGUAGGGUCUCAUUUGGUACGGAGCCGUCAUUUCUGACUUGGAAAAUAAAUGAACAGGCCCAAAGUGUUCCAAAUCAGUACACUUUGCUUCUCUUUUCUGCUCUCCCAGCCCUCCAUGGAUUUCAGUGAGUUUUGAGCUGCUAAUAAGACUUAGGACUCUUUAGAUGGUUGCAUCUGAUUUGAAAGCAGAAUUCUCUUCUCAACCUCCCCCAUCCUCUCACCUUUUCCAAGUGAGUAUAAUAAGGCACUGGCCCAAGGUAAGCCUUUCAGUGUUUGAGAAAGAACAGAAGGGGCAUGGAUAAACCCAGAGUGCCCAGAUGUGUUUUAUACUCACACCAUUAGGAUAACAAUUAGGUUCUGCUGUGUCCCAUAGACACAGGGAUUCUAUUUUGGGGCUUCUCUCCAAGGCUCAGGCUAGAAUUCCAAGGUUUCCAUUUCCUUCCUUGAUUUCUCAGAUAAAAUGUUUUGUUCCUAGGAAAAUUUUGGGUAUGUGAGGCAGAAGUAUGAUUACUUGGGACCCAUGUCUGUGAGUGACCAUGAAGAGGGUGGCUUGCCUGUCCCUUCUCCCCAGUUUAUUGCUGCUGAGAGGGAAGCAUAUGUUUGCCACAAAUUCUGUUUUCCAAAAGCAGGAAUUGCAGAAGUUUCCCAGUCUUGCUCUCAUUUUCUGGAUCCCUGUGAGAAGACAUGCUGGUAUAGCCUCAAGGACUGAAAUCUUGCUACUUGGGUUGGAGAUCAAAGUAUCUGGCUCUCUGAAUUUGAAUUUGGAACAUCCUAUCUAAUUUUUUAAGAGAAUAUCAACAAAAACAUAUUUCCCUUAAAUUUGAGGGGAAUGAGAGGGAGAUGGUUCCCUUUCAGUGAAACUCUGAGUGACUCCUUAGGUUUGACACUAUGCUUUGUAAAAAGGGGUUCUAAGAGAGCAUCAGAGGCUAAUUUGGCCAUUUGGUUUUGUAAUAAACAGCUAUUGUUUUGAAUA